UAUUGUUCCAGGCCCUGGCCGCCGGGUUGUUGUUGUUGGGAAGAUGGCGGCGGCGGCGGCGGAGCCCGAGCCCGAAGCGGAGCCGGAGCCGGGCCCCGGGAAGAAGCGGCGGAUCCGGGGGAUGCUCAAACUCUACUACGGCCUGAACGAGGGCUCCCGGGAGCCGCUCGACCCCGGGGACAUCGACGGGGCCCACUUCCAGCCCGAGUUUUACCUCAACAAGCUCAGGAAGGAGUGCACACUGGCAGAACUGAUGGAAAGUGAAGCUGAGAUGGUGAAACACAUCCGAGCCCUGGACAGCGACAUGCAGACUCUGGUCUAUGAAAACUACAACAAGUUUAUCUCUGCCACAGACACCAUCAGGAAAAUGAAGAACGACUUCAAAAAGAUGGAGGAUGAGAUGGAUUGCCUGGCCACCAACAUGGCCGCCAUCACCGAGUUCAGCGCCCGCAUCAGCCACACGCUGCAGGACCAGCAUCAGCAGAUCACCAAACUCUCAGGUGUGCACACGUUGCUGAGGAAACUGCAGUUCCUGUUUGAGCUGCCGGCCCGACUGAAUAAAUGCAUCGAGCUGGAGGCAUAUGGGCAAGCUGUGCGGUAUUACAGCAAGGCACGCUCGGUGCUACACCAGUACCAGCACAUGGCAUCUUUCCAGGGCAUCCAGAAUGACUGCCAGAAGAUCAUGUCUGACCUCGCACACAAACUCCGAGAGAAGUUCCGGGAUACAGGCUCAAGUGCCAAGGAGCUGGCAGAGUGCGUGGAGCUGUUACUGCAGCUGGGCGAGCCGGCAGAGGAGCUGUGCGACGAGUUCCUGGCGCAUGCCCGCUCCCGGCUGGAGGAGGACCUGUCCGCGCUGGAGGCAGAGUUGGGUCAGCCUGGCCCCCUCCCUGGGGCAGCAGCUCCCCUCUCCGACAUCCUGGAGUUCACCGACAGGGGCUGCAACGGUUUCGUCAGCGACACGUGCCUGGUCAUUGCCUCCUACCAGGACCUCUUUGUCCACCGGCCAGCGGCCGGAGGUCUAGCCAGCCCGGACGUGGCACGUAUGGCCGGGGCCAAGCUGGUGGAGUUUGUGGACCAGCUGAUGGGCCGUUACUUUGGCCUGGUGGAGCGGCGCAUCCGGGCUGAGAAGGGGGUGGGAGACAGCUCGCUGCUGGUGCGUGGCCUGGACCGGUUCCACCGGCGACUCCAGGCCGUGGUCAAGCUCCUGCCCAACCUGCGGGCGGCCACCGCGGGCACAGAGAUCGCGGUGCGUGCCGCCCAGGAGCGGCUCCGGCAAUACCUGCAGGCUCUGCAGAGCUUCUAUGCCGACUGCCUGACCGACGUGCGCCAGUCGCUGGCCGCUCCCCGCCUCCUGGGAAAGGACGGUGCCAACCUGCCCGAGCUCCUGGCCUCGGUCUCGGCCUCCAUCCUCAACCAGGUCAAGUCGGUGCUCGCCUACGUCCACCUGUUCACCGCCAAGGACAUCACCUUCUCCAGCAAGGCCUACUUCAAGGGGGAGUUCUGCAGCCAGGGCGUCCGCGAGGGCCUCAUCGUCAACUUCAUCAAGUACAUGUGCCACUCGGCCCGUCAGUUCUGCGAGACGGCGGGUGAGAAGGGGGCCACGCCCCCGGGUCUCCUCCUGCUGCUGUCGCGCCUCUGCCUGGAUUAUGAGACGUCCACCAUCAGCUACAUCCUGACCCUGACGGACGAGCAGUUCCUGGGGCAGGACCAUUCCCCCGUAACGUUGGUGACCGUGCUGUGUGCUGACGCGCGGGAGGCCGCACAGAAGCUGCUGAAUCACUACGUGAAGGUGCAGGGCCUGAAUGUAUCUCAGAUGCUGCGGAAGAGCGUGGAGACCCGUGACUGGCUCAACACCAUCGAGCCCCGCAACGUGCGAGCCGUGAUGAAGAGAGUGGUGGAGGACAUAACCUCUAUCGAUGUGCAGGUCGGUUUGUUGUACGAGGAAGGAGUGAGGAAGGCACAUAGCAGCGACUCCAGCAAGAGAACCUUCUCUGUGUAUAGCAGCUCCCGCCAGCAAGCGCGCUACGCCCCGAGCUACACCCCCAGUGCUCCAAUGGACACCAACCUCCUGAGUAACAUCCAGAAGCUCUUCUCUGAGAGGAUAGACAUCUUCAGCCCCGUCGAGUUCAACAAGGUUUCCGUGCUGACUGGAAUCAUCAAGAUCAGCCUGAAGACCUUCCUGGAGUGCGUGCGCCUCCGCUCGUUCGGCCGCUACGGGCUGCAGCAGAUCCAGGUCGACUGCCAGUACCUGCAGCUGUACCUGUGGCGCUUCGUCUCGGACGAGAACCUGGUGCACUUCCUGCUGGACGAGAUUGUCGCGAGCACCGCCCACCGCUGCCUGGACCCCGUCACCAUGGAGCAGAGCGUCAUCGAGGUCAUCUGCGAGAGGGGCUAGCGGACCAGCCGGGGAGUGGGAGGGACGCUGAUUCGGCAUGUGGGCUCGUGAAUCCGUCUCUUGGGGGAGCGCGUUGCUGUGGAUGCCCGGAGAAUCGGAUACCUCUUCAGUCCGCUGGUUACUCCCCCCAAUUUGAAACGGGAGCAGGAACAGGCCAUUUUCUCUUCUCCAGCCAUGUUCUGCUCUUGAGUACUUGCUGUCAAUUUCCUAACCCUAUCGCUUGGUCCUCCAUGUGGCCAGAAUUAUAUUGAUCUCGACUUGACUAUACAUGAGGGGCUGAGUGUCUACAGUGUCUCUCUGUCUCUCUCUUUCUCUCCCUCUCUCUCAAGUGUCCAGUCUGCACUGUCCGUG